CUGCAGCCCCUGACUCACCACAUCCUGUGCAUCUCUGUCCUCCAGGCCCAGGGUCUUGCCCACCAGCAGAGCGGGAGCACUCAGAGCAGACGGCACCAUGUCCAUCCUCCCUGCUCUUCUCUGCCUUGGGCUGAGUCUUGGCCAGAAAACCCACCUGCAGGCAGGGAACGUCCUCAAGCCCACCAUAUGGGCUGAGCCAGGCUCUAUAGUCUCUUCAAGGAAAUCUGUGACAAUCUGGUGUCAGGGGACCAGGGAGGCCCAGGAGUAUCAUCUGUAUAAUGAAGAUAUGAAUACACCUUUUGACACACAGAAAGCAUUGGAACCCAGGGACAAAGCCAAGUUCUUCAGAGAACAAAUCAUUGCAGGAAGAUAUCAUUGUAAAUACCUCAGCCCCACUGGCUGGUCAGAGCCCAGUGACACCCUGGAGCUGGUGGCAACAGGAAUCUACUACAAACCCAGCCUCUCAGCCCUGCCCAGCCCUGUUGUGACCUCAGGAGGGACUGUGACCCUCCAGUGUGGCUCGUGGAAGAAGUUUGACAGGUUCAUUCUGACUAAGGAAGGAGAAAACAGGCUCUCCCAGACUUUGGACUCACAGCAACAUCCCAGUGGGCAGGUCCAGGCCCUGUUCCCUGUGGGCCCUGUGAUCCCCACCCACAGGUGGACAUUCAGAUGCUAUGGAUAUUUUAGGAAGUACCCCCAGGAAUGGUCUCACCCCAGUGACCCCCUGGAGCUCCUGGUCUCAGGUGGCUCAGGAAAGCCCUCCCUCCUGACCCAGCAGGGCCGCAUUGUGGCCUCUGGACAGAACCUGACCCUCCAGUGUCGCUCUGACUUCGCCUAUGACAGAUUUGUUCUGUCCAAGGAGGGGGCACAGGACCUCCCCCAGAGCACUGUCCUGCAGCCCCAGGCUGGGCUCUCUCAGGCCAACUUCCCCCUGGGUACUGUGAGCAGCUCCCACGGAGGCCAGUACAGGUGCUAUGGUGGACACAGGCUCUCCUCUGAGUGGUCAGGCCCCAGUGACCCCCUGGACAUCCUGGUGGCAGGAUGGCUCCCUGACAGACCCUUCCUCACUGUGCAGCCAGGCCCCAGAGUGACCUCAGGAGAGAACGUGACCCUGCUGUGUCAGUCACAGAGCCCGAGGGACACUUUCUUUCUGACCAAGGAGGGGGCAGCCCAUCCACCCCUGCAUCUCAGAUCACAGUCCCGAGCUCAGCAGCACCAGGCAGAGUUCUCCAUGGGUCCUGUGACCUCAGCCCAUGGGGGUACCUACAGGUGCUACAGUGCAAACCACAGCAGCCCCUACCUGUUGUCACAGCCCAGUGCCCCCCUGGAGCUUCUGGUCUCAGGUAAGGGACUCCUGACCCUGACUUUCUGAGCUGUUAGCUCAGGUCCUGGUCCCCAGAGGAAUAUGGGCUGAAAGGGGAGGGAGAGGGCUCUAAGGAUGGUGGCCCAGCAGAGAUCUGCCCCUCAGAGACCC